AUGAGUUCUUCCUAUGUUGCUUAUGGAGAACUAAAACUUGAAAAAGAGCUAAAGGUGGCUCUAGACACAAAAGAUGUUAAAGCUUCUCCAUACUACAAAGACAAAGUUCUUUCACUUCCAAUCACGAAAGAAGCAGGAACUGAAUUAUGGCAACAUUGGACAGAUCAGGCGUUUUCCGGACUCAUUUCAGCAAUUGCUACAAGAAGAUUGAAUUUGGUAGAGAAAUACGACAAGAAGAAGCACGAGAAGUGCUCAUCGGAGGCUCAUGAUAUAACAAGUCAUGCAAAAUGUCUGGUUGCAUUGGAAGGAGAUGGAUUGACGAAUCGAUUACUCAAGAGGAAGAAGUAUUUCCAUCAGAAAAAACGGAAGACAAUCAAAAAGAUGUCGAAGAAAAGUUUGAAAAGUAACGAGAAAUUGAAGAAAUUGAGGAGCAUGGAGAGCUAUGAAGCAUCGAAGAGCGCUGAACACAAGAACAAACGAAGACGGAGAAUUUUGAAAAAAUCUUCUGAAAAUUCUGGAAUUUCCAACGAAUUGAGUGAAAAUGAUUGGGUUGGAUCGUUCAAAACCGUGAAAAGAGCAAAACGGUCGAUCAAAGUGAAAAACACGGAUAGUUAUAUUUUGAAAACAGAAUACGACAAAUCACCAUUUGCUACAAUCACGAAGCAUUUGACGAAAACUGUGAAGAUAUUCAACAAGAAGGAUAAACUAUCGAAAUGGCAAGACAUCAUCGAAAGAAUUCAAAAGAAAGGAGAUAUGAUGAAGAAAAGAAAACAAGUUGAAAAUCUUCAAAGGAAGAGAAUGCAAGUGUUUCAAAAUGCAAAGAGAAUAAGAUCAUCUGAAAACAGCUUACUCGAAAUGAGAAAGCGGAGGAAAAACAACGAAGAUGGAUCUAUUUUGAAUUUCGCAAACUUGGAAAAGCACAUCGACGACGAAGAGCUGAAAGAAAUGUUCCAUCAGAAGGUUUCGAAUAUGACAGAGGAAGAGAAAAUGAUGAUGAUUCCGAUUGAUUUGAUUCGACAAGCAACAAAAAUUGGAUUGGGACUCAGUGGGCAUAAUACAACGGAUAUGGACACGAAAACUAUAAAACUCAUUAGUCCACGAUUUAUGAGUGUUCUGCCAGAGGAUGAAGAAGCUAGAAAGAAUGAGGUAAGCAUAAUUCAGAGAGAACAUGUAACUUAUAUCUCAGAUCUCGAAAAGAAAACUUCGUUUAAAUCAAUUUUCGGAAUGGCUGAUAAAGUGGGAAUGACUGCUGAAGAUUCUCAGAACUUUCUGGAUUUACUUGUGGAAGCAACUGGAGUUGCAGAAGCUGUUGAAGAAGCAGAAGAUAAGUUGACAGAUGCUUUGAGGAAGAAAGAUGAUGCAAUGGGAAGAGGACCUGAUGGACAACCAUUGUAUUUCACAAAGGAGAAUAUAACAGAGCGAUUUCCAGCAGAAGCGAAGAAAAUCGAAUUAUUCGAGAAAUUGGAUAAAACAUAUUCAAUUGAACAAUUGAAAGAUAUGAAUCAAACUGGUUAUACUGUAUUGAAUCCAAAGCAAAUGCAAAUGAUUUAUGGAAAGAAAUCUCCAUUCAAGAAUCCCAGGCUAUUGAAGACUUUUAACAAUAUGACGAGAGCUGAAAUUCAACGAUCAAUUCAUUCAACUAUCAAGGAUGUGGCUGACAAGAAGUUAAAAUUUGAGGUGCGCCAAAAGGAUAUUGUCCUCUCUCCAAUUGUCAACACUGCAAUCAUCAAUAACCCUGCGUUGGCAUCUCAAGCUUUAAUCUUGUCACCAGCUGUAAUGGUUCCUUUGAUUCAAUCUCCUGCAAUAUUCGGAACCGUAGUCUUAUCCCCUUGGCUCUUCGUUCCUGUUAUCUUGUCUCCUCGUAUUCUGAGUCCUGUAAUUCUAGAUCCAUUCAUGUUUGUCCCCAUCGUACUUUCUCCUCUUGCUCUCGUUCCAGUUGUUCUCUCUCCUGGAGUAUUCAAUCCAUUCGUUCUCUCACCUCUUCUUUUGUGUCCAUUUAUCCUUUCCCCCCAAGUCAUGACCCCAUUAAUUCUUUCCCCGUUUGCUCUAACUCCGCUAAUUCUGAAUCCACUUCUGAUGUCUCCAUUAGUAUUAUCUCCAUUCGUUUUGUCUCCGCAAGUUCUUUCUCCUCAGUUCUUGACUGGAAUCAUUCUAUCCCCAUACGCUCUCUCCCCUGCAAUUGAGUCAAACGGAAAGUUGGUAACUGUGUUCGCUUCUCCAAAGAUCAUUGCUGAUAUGCAAUUUCAAAAGGAACUCCAAGUAGUUCUUGACACAAAAGAUGUUAAAGCUUCUCCAUACUACAAAGACAAAGUUCUUUCACUUCCAAUCACGAAAGAAGCAGGAACUGAAUUAUGGCAACAUUGGACAGAUCAGGCGUUUUCCGGACUCAUUUCAGCUAUUGCCACAAGAAGAUUGAAUUUGGUAGAGAAAUACGACAAGAAGAAGCACGAGAAGUGUUCAUCGGAGGCUCAUGAUAUUACAAGUCAUGCAAAAUGUCUGGUUGCAUUGGAAGGAGAUGGAUUGACGAAUCGAUUACUCAAGAGGAAGAAGUAUUUCCAUCAGAAAAAACGGAAGACAAUCGAAAAGAUGUCGAAGAAAAGAUUGAAGAGUAACGAGAAAUUGAAGAAAUUGAGGAGCAUGGAAAGCUAUGAAGCAUCAAAAAGUGCCGAACAAAAGAACAAACGAAGACGAAGAAUUUUGAAAAAAUCUUCUGAAAAUUCUGGAAUUUCCAACGAAUUGAGUGAAAAUGAUUGGAUUGGAUCGUUCAAAACACUUAGAAGGGCUAAACGAUCUGUCAAAACUGUUGAUAAUUAUUCUCUGAAAACAAGUUAUGACAAAUCUCCGUUUGCGACAAUUACGAAAACUCUAUCCAACUAUGUGAAGGUUUUCAAGAAGAAGGAAAAAAUAUCAAAAUGGCAAGAAAUAAUUGAGAGAAUUCAAAAGAAAGGAGAUAUGAUGAAGAAACGAAAACAGAUGGAGAACUUACAGAAGAAGCGGAUUCAAGUAUUUCAAAAAGCAACGAUUGGGUCAUCAGAUGACAGCUCAUUCAAAAUGAGAAAAAUAAGACAACAAAAUGGGAAAAGUAGUAAUUUCGCAAACUUGGAAAAGCACAUCGACGACGAAGAGCUGAAAGAAAUGUUCCAUCAGAAGGUUUCGAAUAUGACAGAGGAAGAGAAAAUGAUGAUGAUUCCGAUUGAUUUGAUUCGACAAGCAACUAAAAUUGGAUUGGGACUCAGUGGGCAUAAUACAACGGAUAUGGACACGAAAACUAUAAAACUCAUUAGUCCACGAUUUAUGAGUGUUCUGCCAGAGGAUGAAGAAGCUAGAAAGAAUGAGGUAAGCGUAAUUCAGAGAGAACAUGUAACUUAUAUCUCAGAUCUCGAAAAGAAAACUUCGUUCAAAUCAAUUUUCGGAAUGGCUGAUAAAGUGGGAAUGACUGCUGAAGAUUCUCAGAACUUUCUGGAUUUACUUGUGGAAGCAACUGGAGUUGCAGAAGCUGUUGAAGAAGCAGAGGAUAAGUUGACUGAUGCUUUGAGGAAGAAAGAUGAUGCAAUGGGAAGAGGACCUGAUGGACAACCAUUGUAUUUCACAAAGGAGAAUAUAACAGAGCGAUUUCCAGCAGAAGCUAAGAAAAUAGAAUUAUUCGAGAAAUUGGAUAAAACGUAUUCAAUUGAACAAUUGAAAGAUAUGAAUCAAACUGGUUAUACUGUAUUGAAUCCAAAGCAAAUGCAAAUGAUUUACGGAAAGAAAUCUCCAUUCAAGAAUCCUAGGGUAUUGAAGACUUUUAACAAUAUGACGAGAGCUGAAAUUCAACGAUCAAUUCAUUCAACUAUCAAGGAUGUGGCUGACAAGAAGUUAAAAUUUGAGGUUCGUCAAAAAGACAUUGUCCUCUCUCCGAUUGUAGCAACUCCAAUUAUCAACAAUCCCGUGCUAACAUCUCAGCCUCUUAUUUUAUCUCCAGCUGUAAUGGUCCCUUUGAUUCAAUCUCCAGCUGUUUUUGGUGCAGUUAUUCUAUCUCCAUGGCUUUUCGUCCCAGUCAUUCUUUCACCUCGAAUUCUCAGUCCUGUAGUUCUCACUCCUUUUGUUUUUGCUCCAAUAGUUCUGUCACCUCUUGCUCUUGUUCCAGUUAUCCUCUCUCCUGGAAUAUUCAAUCCAUUUAUUUUCUCUCCUCUUGUUCUUUGUCCUUUUAUUUUGUCCCCUCAAGUCAUGACCCCAUUAAUUCUCUCACCGUUUGCUCUCACUCCGUUGAUUCUGACUCCAUUGGCUUUAUCUCCAAUAGUUUUAUCCCCGUUUGUAUUGUCUCCUCAAGUAUUAUCACCUCAGUUUGUAACUGGUAUCAUACUUUCUCCUUAUGCAUUGUCUCCUGCAGUUGAAUCAACUGGUAAAAUGGUGACUGUAUUCGCAUCUCCUAGUUGGCUGAGUUGA